CAUCUAUUUAUAUCCUGUGUUUCCCAAUAGUCUUAUUCACACAACUCUUGUUGAAGACCCACUUUCCCAAUUUUCAAAAUCCCUUUUUAGUAAGCACAUACAUACACAAGAUGAGUAAGUUCUGGAGCUUGGUGUCUGGUCUCCAUCAAUUAGCAGGACCUGUAACGAUGUUGUUAUACCCGCUGUAUGCAUCGGUGGUUGCGAUCGAGAGCGCGUCAAAAGAAGACGAUCAACAGUGGCUGUCUUACUGGAUCCUCUAUUCGUUUCUCACUCUCAUGGAGAUGCUUCUUCAACCACUACUCGAAUGGAUUCCAAUAUGGCACGACAUGAAGUUGAUAGGGGUGCUGUGGCUGGUGCUGCCGCAGUUCAGGGGAGCUGCGUUUAUCUACAAUAAGUUUGUGAGGGAGAAGGUGAUUCGGAGGUAUUAUCCUGGGAUUGGUGGGGGUGUUCACAAGUCUUCUCCGAAUGGGAAGAUGAAGACGAAGUUUGCGGAUCUUAUUUCGUCUAAGAACUCCAGUUGAUUAGAUUGUAUUUGUAGUAGGUUAACUCAUGUUUGAACUGAUGGUGGAGUUUGUUUUGUUUCGAUUUGGUUCUCGGUUGUAAUGAUGUUUUUCUUGUGAUGAAUUGUGAACUGAAAUCAGUUUGGUUCCUUCCGUUCGA